AUGAUCAACUUAGGCCCCGGCAAAAAUAAGGACGAGGUCGGAUAUAUGCUUGUGAGUGGAUGCCGUGCCUAUUUCGACCAGUUUGAGGACGAUGCACCUGCUGUAGGGAAUGAGGCGACUGACGAGGUGGAGACGGUGGAGGAAAGGGUCGAAGAUGCGGAGACGGACCAAGACGGCAGAGUUGGGAGGGCCGAGGCGGUGACGGUGGCGUUGAUGCAGAGAAGUGCACGCGAGGACAAUAGGCGGGGAGACGGUGCCGCGGCAGUAGAAGAAGUGGCACCAACGGUUGCGGAAAGAGAAGGGGUGGGGACGCUGGCUGGAAACUUGCAGACGGACCUGGCGGGGGGAUUGGAGGAAGGCGAGGAGGGUGUAGAAGAUCCGCAGCAACCGGGAGAGGCGGGUGUAGAAGAUCCGCUGCAACCGAGUGACACCCGUGAUGCUAUGGAGCGUGUGGGACGCGGCACGGCAUGUGCAGACGUGGGAGUGGGAGGAGUGGAUCUCGCCUGCAAUCUUCGGCAGCGGACAGAGAAGGACGUGGGUUUCUUGAAAAGUUGCGCAUCAAGGGUAAAGCGGAAGGCGGCCAAAGAGGCACAGAGAGUGGACAUCGACGAGCCAGAGGCGACCGAAAAGGCGCAAAAGGAGGUAGAUGAUGAUACGCACAAGAAGAGGGCGGUAGAAUUUCGGGAAGGCGGGGUGGCGGAGGCGAGGAUGCUUGCGAAUGCACAGGCGCCGAAGAUAGCGGAGGCGGAUGUGCUGCAAAAGGCGGACGCAGAGGCGCGGAGAAUCGCGGCGGUGGAUAAGCAGAGGAAGAAUGAUGCAGAAGCACAGAAGGUCGCGGAUGCAGGGGCACAGAAUAAGGCGGCGGAGGAGACGCAGAAGCUCGCAGAAGCAGGAGCGCCGAAGAUGGCGGAUGCGCAGGCGCAGCAAAAGGCAGAUGCUGAGACGCAGAAGACAGCAGAUGCAGAGGCCCAUAGGACCGAAGAGGUCGACUGGCAGACGAUUGCGGUUGCAGAGGAGCAGAACUUCGCAGAGGAGGAUGUGCAGAGGAAUCCGGAGGAGGCAUCGAAGCUUGCGGACGAGAAGGGGAAGAGGAAGGAGGCCGCAGAUGCAUCGAAGAGCGCGGAGGAGGAGGCGAAUAUGGAGGAGACUCCAGAGGCGUCGAAGAUUGCGGAGGAGGAGGCGAAGAGGAAGGAGGCUGCAGAGGCAUCGAAGCCAGCGGAGGAGGAGGCGAAGAAGAAGGAGGCUGCAGAGGCGUCGAAGCUUGCAGAUGAGGAGGCGCAGAAGAAAGAAGCUACAGAUGCGUCGAAGAUCGCGGAGGAGGAGGCGAAGAGUGCUGAGACUCCUGAGGCUCAUAAGACCGCGGAGGAGGAGGAGAAGAAAAAUGCGCAGAAAGAGGAGGCGAGCAAAAAGGUAGCUGAAGAGUCUGAGAGACGGAAGAAGGAGAAUCAGCGGGAGGAGGAGCGUCGGCAGAAGGCGACGAGAGAGGGGAUGAAGGAGAUGACGGAAUUGAUGAAGGUGAUGAAGGAGAUGAAGGCGGGUUUGAAGGAGACUAAGGAUGGGAUGGUAAAGCAGGUGGUAGAGGGGUUGACAGCGGUUCUGGCAGAGGACUCCGAGUGUGGUUCUGAGAGUGGACGCCGAGGAACAGAGGAGGCAGACCGGCAGCAGAGGGAGAAACAGCAGGAGAUGGAGCGCCUGAAGGAGGAGGAUGCACAGAGGAAGGAGGCAGAGGAGGCAGACCGGCAGCAGAGGGAGAAACAGCAGGAGAUGGAGCGCUUGCAGAAGGAGGAUGCGCAGAGGAAGGAGGCAGAGGAGGUAGACCGGCAGCAGAGGGAGAAACAGCAGGAGAUGGAGCGCCUGAAGAAGGAGGAUGCGCAGAGGAAGGAGGUAGAGGAGGCAGACCGGCAGCAGAGGGAGAAACAGCAGUAG